AUGGCCGCCACGACGAUGAUGACCUCCUCCGCCGUCUCCGCGCGCGUCGUCGCGAAGACGUCCUCCGCGCGCCUUCGCGGCGCGGCGUCGCCGUUCCUCGGCGUCUCCGCGGCGAAGACGCGAUCGGUAUCCGCGAAGAUGACGACGACGACGACGACGACGACGACGACGCGCGCCGCCGUCGUCGCGUCCGACGAGUCCUCCUCCUCCUCCGCCGCCUCAAACGCCGCCGCGGAGAAGAAGAAGUCCUCCGCGGACUUCGGGCGGAUCGCGCUCCUCGCGACGGUCGCGUCCAACCCGAUCCUCUUCGCCGCGAACGACGCGAUGGCCAAGGGGGGCGAGUUCGGCAUCCUCGAAGGCCGCACCGCCGCGCUCGUGCACCCCUUCUUCCUCGGCGGGCUCUGGUUCGCGACCGCGUACGCGGGAUACCUCGGCUGGCAGUGGCGCCGCGUGCGAACCACGGGCAAUGAGAUCGCCGAGCUCAAGGCGUCGCUCCCGUCCGGCGACGACGUCGAGCUCUCCUCCGCGCAGCGCGAGACGAAGGGCAAGAUCGACGAGCUGACGACGACGCGCAAGGAGCUCGUCGCGGGCGGCUUCAAGGACAAGCACAACAACGUCGGCUCGCUGCUCCUCGCGUUCGGAACCGCGCUCGCGGUCGAGGGCGGGAUGAACACGUACCUCCGCACGGGGAAGCUCUUCCCGGGGCCGCACCUGUACGCGGGGAUGGGGAUCGUGUGCCUGUGGGCCGCCGCCGCGGGGUUGGUGCCGGAGAUGCAACGCGGGAACGAAAAGGCUAGAAACGCGCACAUCGCGCUCAACGCCGUGAACCUCGCGCUGUUCACGUGGCAGAUCCCGACAGGGCUGGAGAUCGUCGGGAAGGUGUUCCAGUUCACGUCCUGGCCGUGA